AUGUCUCAAGCACCACACUUUACAGUCAAACGCUCUGCAGGCCUACACCAUGGAUCCCUACGACAGCGACUUUCGACUCUGUCAACGCUCGCAAUGGCCUUUGCCAUUCUGAAUACGUGGAUUGCUCUUGCGGGGUCUAUCGGACUUAUUCUGCCGUCAGGUGGCUCUGUCGCCUUUCUUUACGGCUUUCUCCUCUGCCUCGUAUGCAGCUUUUGUGUGGCUGCUAGCCUGGGCGAGUUGGCUGCCAUCUGGCCGACGGCCGGCGGUCAGUAUCAUUAUGUUUUUGCAUUGUGUACAGAAAAAUGGCGUAAGCCAGUGAGCUUCUUUGUCGGUUGGACAAAUAUCGCUGGCUGGUUGAUAGUGGUCACUGUACAAGGAUAUUUUGCUGGUAAAUUCAUUUUUCACACUUUUUACGCGCAAGAUCUAAUAUCGGUAGCACAAUUCAUCUCUGCCGCCAUCGUCGUCGCCUCAAACGACUCGUACCAGAUAACGGCCGCGCGCACAUACGGCAUUUUCUUGGCCGUUUUGACAGCCACUACAGCAAUCAAUAUAUGGGGAAACAAUAUUCUGGGGAGGUGGAAUACAGGAGCUUUGUACUGGUCUGUCCUUGGUGUCGUGGUCACCAGCAUCGUCCUCUUGGCCAAGUCUGCCAAGACUGAUGCCAAAUACGUCUUUACCGAUUUCAAGAAUGAAACCAAUUGGCCCGAUGGAGUGGCUUGGAUUCUCGGUCUUGUUCAGUCGGCGCUCUCCCUCACCGCAUAUGACGUGGUGUUGCACAUGACCGAGGAGAUGCCGAACCCGAGAAGAGACGCGCCGCGAGCGUUGAUAUAUGCUAUUGCCGUAGGCGGACUGACGGGUUUUCUGUUUAUUCUAGUCAUCCUCUUCUGCUUGACAGAUCCCACCAGCGUACUAACAGCUCCCGGCAACAUGCCUAUAGUAGCCAUGGUUCUCCGAGCUACCCAAAGUCGGGCCGCCGCUUGCAUUAUCAGCUUGAUGAUCAGCGUGUGCUUCAUCAACGGCUCAAGUGCAAGCAUUACCAGCGUCAGUCGGCUUCUGUUCGCCAUGGCACGCGAUCGCGGCAUUAUAUUCCAUGACUUUUUCGCUCACAUUACGCCGCACCUCAACGUUCCCCUUCAGCCAAUCCUUCUUUGCUACGGCUUCAACGUCUGUUUUGGACUUUUAUACUUGGGCCCAAGAGUUGCGUUUAGUGCCUACGUAGCGUCUCUCGUCAUUCUGCUCAACUUGUCAUAUGCAGCUCCCACCAUCAUCGUCUUGAUUCGAGGUCGCCAACUGCUGAGUACAGCUCGGUCGACGAAGGAUUUUCAUUUGUCGCAGAGUCUCGGCAUAGUCGUGAAUUACGUCUCAGUGCUAUUCCUCACAGUUACAUCAAUUAAGACGGCAGACUACGUGUGCGUGGUGCUGGGAAUAUUCGCAGUUAUAGUGUCACUGUUCUGGCUCAAGUGCCGCAGCACGUUCCUUGGACCAAACCUCGACAUGAUAGCAAACCAUGGCCGAAAUGCAGGGUCUCUGCAAGUUGAAAAAGUCACGACCACCAGACCAAACCUGGAAACGCUCGAGAACCGAACUUAA